GACAACAAAUGUUAAUUUGUGGAUCUCCUGAUGUCCGGGUGCAGCUAUCCUGCUGUUGUGGCUGGUGUAUUCUGGGAAAUUCUCUUACCCCUUGGUUUUGUGGUCCGGAAAAAUCUUGGCUUGAAGAGCAAUCUAUACCCCUUCCCCUUAGCCCUACGCCUUAAAGCUAAAAAGAAUUGGGACACCCCUCCCCCUUAACGGGGACGCGCAAAACAAGGGGUAGGGGAAGGGCUAAGGGGUAGAAUUGGCACUGGGCCUACGUCUGUCUCCCACUGAACAGCUGAUCUCACCAACCUCUGUGAUCAAUAUCUGCUGGAAUGAAUGAUCCUCAGUGAGCUAUAACCCAGCUCAAAGCUACAAUAACCCAGUCAGCCUGUGUGUGUGAAGGUUGUGUGCUUGUGUUUCUCAUCACAUGUUCUGUUUUUUCUCCUAGGUGUGGAGUUCACCGUGUCCAGCCGGAAACAUGAGCUCCAGAUAAACUCAACAUGAGCAUGAGCUGCACAUCUGUCCGUCUGCUAAACACACAUCUGCCGGACUCCUGUAAAACAUCCACAUUCAUGCAUAUAGCCGACGCUUUUAUCCAACGCAACUUACACCCCUGAAACGGCGGCCUACCCGGGGACCAGUGGGGGAUCGGUGCCUCCUCAAGGGAAUUUCCUCCGCUGUGGUGUUGAGCUGCUGCCAGGACUCAAACCUGAGACCUUUGGAGUCCAAUUGAAGUCUGACCAUUAGGCCACAACUGCCCCCACAACAUCACAACUCAGAUUGGGAUCCAACAGUGUAAUUCUGCUUCAUCCUAAUGGAGAGACCACGGAUCGAGUCUGGAUAAACGGAUAAAGACAGAAGCAGGAGUAGUUCACCUCUCGGAGUGGAGCCGCAGUGUUGGGAAUCAGCUGACCUGAGAAGCUGAGGAGUGUUUUCAUCAUCAGCGAGUGUGAGAUGGAGUCCCGGCGUGUGUUUUGGGUGUGUGUGCUGCUGUUGUCUGGCGUGUGUGUGUGUGCAUCUCUGGAGUUCGGCGGGGCUCCGGGGCAGUGGGCACGGUACUCUCGGUGGGAAGCGGGAUCUGUGGGAGAGCUCAGCUUCAGCCUGAAGACCAACAUCAGUAAAGCUCUGGUGCUGUAUCUGGAUGAUGGAGGGAACUGUGAUUUCCUGGAGCUGCUGAUCUCUGGAGGAGUCCUGCAUCUGCGCUUCGCCAUCCACUGCGCAGAGCCGGCCACGCUGCAGACGGAGACGCGCGUCAGUGAUGACCGCUGGCACAUGGUGCUGCUGACCCGAAACUACCGACAGACGCUGCUGAUGGUGGACGGGGAGGCCCGGGCGGCCGAGGUGCGCUCCAAACGCAGGGAGAUGGCGGUGGUCAGUGAUCUGUUUGUGGGGGGGAUCCCACCAGACGUCCGCCUGUCCGCCCUCACCUCCAGCACAGUGAAGUACGAGCCGCCGUUCCUGGGUCUGAUCUCCAACCUGAAGCUGGGCGAGAUUCCUCCAGCGCUGAUCAACAGCCACGGCAUACACAGCGACCUGGAGCUCCUGUGCAGCAAACAGAACCCCUGCCUGAACGGAGGAGUCUGCAGCGUGCAGUUCGGGGAGGUCCAAUGCGACUGCUCACACACACGCUUCAGGGGGAAAUACUGCAAAGAACCUGUCUCUGACCCCAUCCAGAGCAGCACUGACGAGAUCACGCUGUCCUUCCGCACGCUGCAGCGCAACGGCCUGAUGCUGCACACCGGCAAAUCUGCAGACUACGUCAACCUGUCCCUGAAGAGCGGCGCCGUGUGGCUCGUCAUCAACCUGGGCUCCGGAGCCUUCGAGGCCCUCGUGGAGCCCGUCAACGGCAAGUUCAACGACAACGCCUGGCACGACGUCAAGGUCACGCGAAACCUGCGCCAGCACUCAGGCAUUGGACACGCUAUGGUAAACAAACUGCAUUAUAUGGUCACUAUCUCAGUGGAUGGUAUUCUGACCACCACAGGCUACACACAGGAGGAUUACACCAUGCUGGGCUCUGAUGAUUUCUUCUAUAUCGGAGGAAGCCCGAACACAGCCGAUCUGCCUGGAUCACCGGUCAGCAACAACUUCAUGGGCUGCUUGAAGGAUGUGGUCUACAAGAACAAUGACUUUAAACUGGAGCUGUCUCGCCUGGCCAUCGAGAGGGACCCAAAGAUCAGCCUGCACGGGGAGCUGGUGUUCCGCUGUGAGGACGUGGCGGCGCUGGACCCUGUGACCUUCGAGACGCCAGACUCCUUCAUUUCCCUGCCCCGCUGGGACACCAAGAAGACCAGCUCCAUCUCCUUUGACUUCCGCACCAGUGAACCCAGCGGACUGCUGCUCUUCAGCCACGGUCGACCGCAGGGCAGCAAGGAGACACGGCCUGGUCGGGAGACCAAGAGUGACUACUUCGCCAUGGAGCUGCUGGACGGGUUCCUGUACCUGCUGAUGGACAUGGGAUCCGGCAGCAUCAAAAUCAAGGCCAGCAACAAGAAGGUCAACGAUGGGGAAUGGUGUCACGUGGACUUCCAGAGGGAAGGAAGGAGAGGCUCGAUCUCGGUGAACAGCCGCUCCAUGCCCUUCAGCACUAAUGAGGGCAGCGAGAUCCUGGAUCUGGACAGUGACAUGUAUCUGGGUGGACUCCCGGAGAUGCGGCAGGGCCUGGUGCUCCCACCCGAGGUGUGGACGGCGCUGCUCAACUACGGUUACGUGGGCUGUGUCCGCGACCUGUUCAUCGAUGGGAAGAGCCGAGACGUGCGGCGACUGGCGGAGAUUCAGAGCGCUCCGGGCGUCAGCAGCUUCUGCACCCGCGAGCUCCAGAAGAGGUGCAGCAGCGCCCCCUGUGCCAAUGGAGGACAGUGCAAAGAGGGCUGGAACCGCUACAUCUGCGACUGCACCGGCACCGGGUACAUGGGCAGCAACUGCGAGAUCGAAGCGACGGUGUUGAGCUAUGACGGCAGCAUGUACCUGAAGAUCCUCCUGCCCAGCACUCUGCACACAGAGGCGGAGGACGUGUCUCUGCGCUUCAUGUCCCAGCGGGCGUACGGCCUCCUCAUGGCCACCACAUCCAAAGAGUCUGCAGACACCCUGCGCCUGGAGCUGGACGGAGGACGGGUCAAGCUCACCGUCAACCUCGGCCAGAUGACGGGUGACCACACGCGUCUGGAGUUCCACAGCAUCGAGACGGGCAUCAUGACGGAGCGCAGGUUCAUCUCCGUCGUGCCCUCAAACUUCAUCGGGCACCUGCAGGGGCUGCUGCUCAACGGCGUCCCCUACCUGGACCAGUGUAAGAACGGGGACAUCUCCUACUGCGAGCUGAACGCACGCUUCGGCCUGCGCCACAUCAUCGCCGACCCCAUCACCUUCAGGAGUAAAGGCAGUUAUCUGGCGCUGGCCACGCUGCAGGCCUACGCCUCCAUGCACCUGUUCUUCCAGUUCAAGACCACCGGCAGCGACGGCCUGAUGCUCUUCAACAGCGGAGACGGCAGCGACUUCAUCGUGGUGGAGCUCGUCAAGGGGUCCGUCCGCUAUUUAGUGUUUCUGCCGGAGUGUCUGCCUCUGUUAGUCCUGCUGCACUGGGUGGGCUCCUGCAGCGUCCCUGGGACUACCUACAUCUUCGGCCGGGGAGGAGCCCUCAUCACCUACACCUGGCCGCCGAAUGACCGUCCCAGCACGCGGGCGGACCGGCUGGCAGUGGGCUUCAGCUCGCAGCUUAAGGAGGCGGUGCUGGUGCGGGUGGAGAGCGCCAAGGGGCUCGGAGACUACCUGGAGCUGCACAUCGAGCGCGGGAGGGUCGGCGUGAUCUUUAACGUGGGAACGGACGACAUCGUGAUCGAGGAGAGCGGCGUGAUGGUCAGCGAUGGGAAAUAUCAUGUGGUCAGAUUCACACGCAGCGGUGGAAACGCAACACUACAGGUGGACAAUCUGCCCGUGAUCGAGCGCUUCCCGGCGGGGAACUUUGAUAGUGAGCGGCUGGCUAUUGCUAGGCAAAGAAUCCCGUAUCGACUCGGUCGGGUAGUUGACGAAUGGCUACUCGACAAAGGUCGGCAGCUCACCAUCUUCAACAGUCAGGCCUUCAUUAAGGUCGGCGGCGGAGAGAAGGGCCGUAACUUCCAGGGCCAGAUCUCGGGUCUGUAUUAUAACGGGCUACAGGUGCUGAAGCUGGCGGCGGAGGCCGACCCCAAUGUGCAGAUCCAGGGGAACCUGCGUCUGGUGGGAGACACACCCUCUGUCAUGACCACCGACACCACCAGCACCACCCCGCUCGCAGACAUGUCCACCACUAUCAUGGAGACCACCACCACCAUGGCCACCACCACCACCCGCAAGCAGCGCUCGCCCACCAUGAGGGACAGCGUCACGCAGAAUACUGACGAUCUGUUAGUAGCAUCUGCUGAAUGUCCGAGUGAUGAUGAAGAUCUCGAGGAGUGUGAGCCUGGAAACGGAGGUGAACUAGUGUUGCCAAUUAUAACUGUGGAUUCCCUUGAGCCCCCAUCGAUUGCAACACGUUACCCCGUUAUCCCCCCGCCCCCAACCUAUCGCCCCUUCCUCACCUUGCUUGAGACAACCAAAGAGUCUGUCCCCCUCCCCGGGCGGCACCCCUGUCCGCUCGACCAGGAGGACUGCGAGGAGCCCAUGGAGGUCUCGGCCUAUGGUUCGGGCGAGAUGACGGAGUCUGAUGAUGAGGAUUACUAUAAAAACUCACCCCUUGUCACUGACCGGACCGUACUCCCACCUCCGCCUGGGGCCGGGAACCCUCGAGGUGACCGGCCCUUUGCACGUUUACCCAAUUCCCACCGGCCACCGCUCCCCCUGACCCCCACAGCACCCCCAGUGUCCCGGCUCAAACCGGGCAUCAAUGCGCCCAACAUCCCCGCGGGUAAAAUGAACACUCGAGAUCAGGUGCUGCUGCCGCCUGCUCAGCCCUCGGGCGACACUGAUCACAGCGGGCGGCAUCGACACAUCCCAGGUAUAACAUAUCCCCCUAAUUUCCCCCAUGUGCCCACUACAGACCCCUCAUCGCCGGACCGAGGGCCGCCUGGAGCCGUGGAGGUGAUCCGAGAGUCCAGCAGUACCACGGGUAUGGUGGUGGGCAUCGUGGCAGCGGCUGCCCUCUGCAUCCUCAUCCUGCUGUACGCCAUGUACAAGUACCGCAACCGCGACGAAGGCUCCUACCAGGUGGACCAGAGCCGCAAUUACAUUAGCAAUUCAGCCACGCAAAGCAAUGGCGCCCUAGUGAAGGAGAAACAGCCCGGCGCUGCCAAGACGGGCACCAAGAGCAAGAAAAACAAAGACAAGGAGUAUUACGUCUGAGCACGGCCCCUAGGGGGACCCGAGGGGAGAAGGAGAGAGAUAGGAUGAGGACUGGAAAGGAGCAGUUUCACGUUUAGAGUCUUUUUUAAUUUCCCAUCUGGUCUAGCCGUCGGCCUCAUUUCCAGAGCUAAAGAGUGCGAGAGUGAGUGUGUCGAGGGUUCGGGAACUCUCAUUUCCAUUUUUGAUAGCUAAUGCCUGUCGCACUAACCUUUUGUACUGAAGAGCAGUGGACUUUAUCCUCACUCCUAAUUCGUUUUUUUGUAAAUACUACGUGAGUCCUCAAUAUUCAGGUCAUCUCCUAGCCUGACAGGCUGUUUUGCGCCGUCCGUCGCUGCUCCGUCAGAGCGUUGAAUGCACUUGAGAACGGUUUGGGAAUGAGAGCCGCUUGGCUGCGGUGGCGUUUGAGGAGCAGAUGGUGGCGAAAGCGUUUAGCAGUCACACUAUUCUCCGUAAUACUGCCAAACCAGCUCUGUGUCAAAUCCGUCCGUCCGUCCGUCCGUCUCCCUCUCUUUCCAAGUGCUUCACGUUUCCAUCCCUCUCUUUCUCUCUGUCCCCCGCACACCCUUUCUUGGCUUGUUCUCUCUUUUUCUCCUUGUCCUUGGUGCUCAGGAGCAGAUGCAACGUAAUUCUGUUGUGUUUCCAGCAUGUGGUAUUCAAAACGAAAAGAGACAAACACUGUUUCUGUGGAGUCAAAUUAAUAAUUAUAUAUAAAUAUAUAUCAAGCCGUUAGCCGAACAUCAGUGGUGAUCCCUUCAGAACUCUCCGAGUCGCCACACGUUCCAGCAGAUCUUGGUGUUUCUGAGGGUCCCCCAGGGCUCGGUCCUGGGCCCGCUGAGGGUCUGGCGUUCUGCUGGAAUGAACCUGAAACACGAGCCCAACAGCAGUAGAUAUAUUCACAGAGAUAUUUGAUAAGAUUAAAGGACACGACUGCUCAAACAUCACGUCAACACACCGCACCAGUGGACAACACCUGAGCAGGAGCUUUGUUAUUUUUACUUUC